AGGAAUCAAGGACAAACUGAGUCAUUUUGAGUUCCUGAACGUUAAAGCAAUCUGGAUCAGCCCUUUCUACAAGUCUCCUAUGAGAGACUUUGGAUAUGAUGUGGAGGACUUCAGGGAGAUUGAUCCCAUCUUCGGAACCAUGGAAGACUUUGACGACCUCCUGGCAAGCAUGCAUGACAAAGGUCUAAAGCUAAUCAUGGACUACAUCCCGAACCACACCAGCGACAAACACAUCUGGUUCCAACUUAGCCGUAAAGGCACAGAGCCCUAUAAAGACUACUAUAUCUGGGUUAACUGCACACCAGACAAACCUCCUAACAACUGG